AUGGAAGUCAAAAGGUACAAGCGCGGUGGCGCCUCCUUCCUUACAUACUGGAUAUUUCUAUUACAAAUGUUAGGAAGCGCUCGUCGUGGUGCCGAAGGUCAUGGAAGACUAAUGGACCCUCCAGCACGUAACUCCAUGUGGCGUUUCGGCUUUCCUAAUCCUGUAAAUUACAAUGAUAACGAACUGUUCUGCGGCGGAUAUGCCGUUCAGUGGGAGCAGAACGGCGGUCGGUGCGGGGUGUGCGGGGACGCGGUCCACUUGUCAGAGCCGCGGCCGCACGAGGCUGGUGGCAUGUUUGGAAAGGGCAUCAUCACGCGACACUAUAGUGUCGGUCAGGAAAUAGAAAUAGAAAUCGAACUGACAGCCAACCAUCUCGGUACUUUUAUAAUGAAACUUUGCCCGAAUAACAACCCUAAACAGGAAGCGACGCAGGAAUGUUUCGACAGGUACCCUUUGUACAUAUCAGGCACGCGCGAGGACAGGUUCAUGAUCCCGCUGGACACAGGCAAGAAAGAUAUCUUCAGGUACCGCGUCCGGCUGCCGCCCUACGUCACUUGCACCCAAUGCGUGCUACAAUGGACUUAUCAUACCGGUAACAUGUGGGGUAUCUGUCCAAACGGAACGGAGGCCGUUGGAUGUGGUCGUUCGGAGACGUUCAGGAACUGCGCUGAUGUGAGUGUGGUCACUAGCACUGGUGGGCUGCCACCAGCGUUCGCUGGGAAUCUCAGAGUGGACAAUCCUUUCCUACUUUUCUACAGGGACUAUAAAAUGCCACAAAACGUCUACCCGUUGGUGAUCAGAGAUCAAGUGUGCGUCCCGUCUGAUGGCUAUCGGAUGCUCCCCGGUAUGCAGAACUGGUGCCAGACUAACUGUCUGCGGUACCCACCCCACUGUCCAGAGGACCUUUGCCAUUGUCCGCAAUCCUGCGAAGGCAUCGGCGAGUUCAAAGGUCGCGAAGGUGCUGACGUGCAUUGUAUGGACCUCUGCAUCGUGUAUCCACCUCGCUGUCCCAAAGACAAAUGUCGCUGUUAUUAG